AUGAUGUGAUAAGUCUUUCUCUCAGUCUCUAUUUCUCUCUCUCAGACCGGUAAUGGAGACAGAGACGGACCAGGCAGUGUUAGCAGAUGGUGUAGAGACAUUGCCGUUGGCCGUUACUGGGGCCAGUGAGGGACGUUAUGAGUGCCCGGUGUGCGGGAAGCGUUUCCGCGGAGCCUCCAAGCUGCGGAUCCAUGAGCGCUCUCACACGGGGGAGCGACCGUACGGGUGUCGGCUGUGUGAGAAGCGUUACCGCACGGCGAGCGGGCUGUGUGUGCACCAGCGCUCGCACACGGGAGAGAGACCAUUCCAGUGCUCGCUGUGCCAGAAACGCUUUGCCACGUCCGGUGAGCAGAUCCUCCACCUCCGUACGCACUCCGGGGAGAAGAGUUUCCAGUGUCCCGUCUGCAGCCGCCGCUUCUCCCAGUCCUGCAACAUGAUGCGUCACCAGCGCACGCACUCGGGAGACAGGCCGUUCCAGUGCACGGUGUGUCAGAAACGCUUCACCAAAUCCUGCGGGCUGACCGCGCACGCCCGCACGCACACUGGUGAGAAGCCCUUCGAGUGUGUGAUCUGCCACAAGCGCUUCCGCACGGCUAGCGGCCGCCUGCUCCACCACCGCAACCACACAGGCGACAAACCGCACCAGUGCGGCCAGUGCGGCAAGCGCUUCCCCGUGCCCAGCGCGCUCCGCAAGCACCAGACCACGCACACUGGGGGCCGGCCCCACGCCUGCACCGUGUGCAAGGCGCGCUUUAACCGCCCCGGUGCCCUGGCCACGCACCAGCGCACACACACAGGAGAGAGACCGUACGAGUGCUCGGCCUGUGGCAAGCGUUUCAGCCACUCGGGCUCACUGACCGCGCAUGCUCGUACACACACCGGGGAGAGGCCCUACCAGUGCGGCCAGUGCCACAAGCGCUUCAACCGCUCAGGCGCCCUUCUCACCCACCAGCGCACACACACAGGGGAGAGGCCGUACGAGUGCUCGCACUGCGCCAAACGCUUCACACACUCGGGCUCGCUCCGCGCUCACCAGCGCACACACACUGGGGAGCGGCCGUACCAGUGCAGCCAGUGCCAGAAACGCUUCAACACCUCUGGCGCCCUGCGGCGUCACCAGCACACACACGCCUGAGCCGGGCAUCGAAGAACACACACACCUGAGUUGGGGCAGAGACACGCACGCACACACAUACACACACCCCUGAAUGGAGUCACCAACAAACACACA